AUGGAUAGACUGGAAGUUGGGGAAUUGGUAUUGGUACCAGCAAGCGGUAAUUCUCUCAAAUUUGAACGUGUUGAAAUGUUUUAUCAUCGAAAGCCUGAUGAAAAUACACUCUUCUUUCAAAUAGAAACAGAAUCGGGAAAACAACUUUCCUUAACUCGUUUGUUGUUAAAUUUUUAA